AUGCGCUCUGAAGCGACAAAGGCCUUCUCCCGGCACUCGCUGCUCCCGAGGGGCAGGCGCGAAAGAAGUCGAGCGCCCGAGAGGCCUCCGCGGCCUCCGCCGCUGCCUCAACGUCUGCUUCCAGCCGCCGGUUGCCACGGAGCCGACUGCCGACCGCGAGCUCUUUUCUUGAUGGGACUACCCGGCGCAGGGAAGAGCACCGUGAAGAGGCAACGGCUGGGGCCCGACACGUUAGACAUCGAGCCGGACAAAAUCAAAUGCAGACAUCCGCGCUAUUCUCGCGACAUGGAUGAGGAGACGGAUGAGGAAGUCCACCGGUGGAGUGUGAGACGCGCCGUGGACGACUUCGAGGAUGCGGUUAGGGACGGCAGGUUCCGUGAUCUCAUCUUCGACUCCUCCGGGUCCAACGCCUCGUGGCUGCGACGGCGGAUUGAGCUCGCGAAGCGAAGAGGCUUCUUCACCGAGCUCCUCUGGGUGGAUGUUCCGUUCGAGAUCUCCCUCUUCCGCAACCGCAACCGCGGCUUCGAAAAUGGGAGAUCGGGGCAGUUUUGCCCGGAGAAGAUCAUCCUCGACAAGGGGCAAGUUCUCGAGCAGAGCUUCCAGGAGCUCAGCAAAAUCGUGGACGUGGCAGAGCGCAUGAAGAACUGGACAGAGAGUUCAGGCGAGCUGGAGGAUGCAAAGGAGGACCUCUAUCUCUAUCCGGCUCCACGACCCCGGCCCCCGGCUUUGCGGCCGGGGAUGAAGCAUUACGGCGAGGCGCCGGAUGGUGCCCGGCCCCCUUCGCCCUCGGCGGGGUCUCGGCGAAAGCUUCGCAUUGGGCCGUGGAAGCGGGACGAUGCCGUCACGCGGAGGAAGAAUGCAAGGCUCGCCUACCUGGACCGACGUUACAAGGGCGACAGAGAGUACUAUGUCGACAAGUAUGUCCUGGGAAGUCGCGACGUCCUCCUGGAGCGAAAUCGCUUUCCCUACCAGCUGCCUCCGGGUGCAGAGCACUGGACCAUCUGGUGCAGGCAUGAGAUGGGUCACCAGGAGCUCUGCAACUACGUCGAGGCAUGGUUGGAUGCUCGGGAGCCCCACCAUGUCGUGUCCUGGAACUACGACGACAACCGUGGCCGCCGGACAAUCAACAUCUGGCACGUUCACAUCUACUUCCAGGGGCGAGGUGGGAUUCCUCCUCGGCUCACCUGCCCUUCCUCCCUCGAGCGGUCGCUGAAGCGGUCCAAGUGCGAGGAUCGAUUGGAACCCGCAGAGAAGAGGCGCCGCGUCAGCGACCACUGCGAGAUGCCGCCACCGAGGCCGGAAAGCCCAUCUUUGUCACCGCGCCUGUCGAAAGCCAGGAGCAUGUUGUCCGUCUGCAAGCGCUCCCCCUGCUCAGUCUAA